AUGGGGGAUAUGAAAACCCCAGACUUUGAUGACCUGCUAGCCGCCUUUGACAUCCCUGAUAUGGUCGAUCCCAAGGCGGCCAUAGAAUCUGGUCACGAUGACCAUGAGGGACAUCUCAAGCAUAACGUCCACCACGAAGAGGAUACCCACGUUCCCUCAGCUCCAGACGUUGGUGUCAGUGUCAUUGUCAAGAAUGUUCGAAACAUUGACACAAAUGAUCACUCGCUCUCGGACAAGGACAUCCAUCCCUCAGUUGGCAAUGGGCUGCACAAUGGUAUCUUAACCAUGUCGCCCAGUGACAGGUUUGGUAAAGAUGGUGGCAAGCUCCAGAGAGGUGAAGGCCAUGGGCUAGCAGUCAACAACUCUACAUUCAACCAGUUCAGCCCCAUCUCAAGUGCUGAAGAGUUUGAUGAUGACGAUAAGAUUGAGGUAGAUGAUCCUUUGGACAAGCAAAAUAAUUUAACGUGUUUCAGGCCAAAUCCCCUAACAGGACUUUCCUCCAAGCGAGAAGACACAACCUCACACCCCUUGAAAGCCAACAUGGUAGAUGGUAUGUCUAAGCCAGGGACUAACGGUGACUUCGAUCAUUCUAAAGUUGAAAUCAAAAGCACUAAUAACGGUACUCUUAGUGGCUCAAACGUGUAUGUGCCCCCAAAGCCAAGGAAAGUGGAAGAGCAACCAAAAGAGGUGACUCCCAAGUCUUCAGAGAGUAAGGAGGCCGGAGAACAAGCUGUGGCGCUGAAUGUAACCAACCUCUCCCAGGCCAAAGCCAAGUCAUCAGCCAAACUCUCCUCCUGCAUUGCUGCAAUAGCUGCCCUCAGUGCAAAGAAAGCCACCACCGACUCUGCAGUCACAGAACCUGUCAGUACCCCUCGAGAUUCACCAAAAGAGGCAAAAGAAAGCCCUAAAGUUAUUGAGAAACCUUCUGAGCAGGAUUCAGCCCUGGAACUUGCUAAGAAGAUGUUGUCCAAACAGCCUGAGAGUCCCUGUAGCGUUACCAGUGAAAGCAGCAGCAAAGGGUCUCCCUUAUCUCCUACAGGAUCAAUUCCGGUUAUCCCCAAAGUCCGUAUCAAAACAAUUAAGACAUCCUCAGGUCAGAUCAAACGAACAGUUACUCGGGUGUUGCCAGACUUUGACCCCGAAGGUUUGAAGAAAGCUGGUGAUUCAGCUUCCAUUGUUGUCUCAUCCCUUCUGUCUUCACCAACCUCAUCAUCUGUUUUCUCUUCCCCUACCCGUCCUACACUACCCACCACAGUGGUGGCGACCUCUGCUGGCUCGAUGGAGGUCACCAAGCAAAUGACGAUCAAGCCUGUUGCCACUGCUUUCCUACCUGUUUCAGCAGUUAAGACAGCAGGAUCCCAGGUAAUCAACCUGAAACUGGCAAAUAAUACCACGGUGAAAGCUACAGUCAUACCUGCAGCUUCAGUGCAGAGUGCCAGCAGUGCCAUUCUCAAAGCUGCUAAUGCCAUUCAGCAGCAGACCGUCAUGGUGCCUGCUUCUAGUUUGGCCAAUGCCAAACUCGUGCCAAAGACUGUCCACCUUACAAAUCUAAACCUCCUUCCCCAGUCCACAUCUGCCACAGACCUGCACCAGGUCUUGUCCAAAUCCCAGCAGCCCAUCAAGCAGACUGUGAUGGCCAGUCCUCCCCCGAAGAAAGUGUCCCGAGUGCAAGUACUGGCAAGCUCACAGAGCUCAGUGGUUGAGGCCUUUAACAAAGUUCUCAGUAGCAUUAACCCUGUCCCAGUAUACGUUCCAAACCUCAGCCCUCCUUCAGCAGCCUGUAUCUCCCUCCCUUCACGUGGCUACAAAUGUCUAGAGUGUGGUGAUUCAUUUGCCCUGGAAAAGAGCCUCACGCAACACUACGACCGCAGGAGUGUCCGUAUCGAGGUCACUUGCAACCACUGCGCAAAGAACCUGGUCUUUUACAAUAAGUGCAGUCUGCUUUCCCAUGCCAGAGGACACAAGGACAAAGGAGUUGUCAUGCAGUGUUCUCAUCUUAUUCUAAAACCCAUCCCUGUGGAUCAGAUGAUCUUAGCCCCCUCAGUAACCUCCCCCUCUCCCAGUCCUGCUUCAUCCCAUGGUUGUACCACAGGAAAUAGCCAAGGGAAGAGCAACCCAACCACUGUGAUCUCUGCACCUUCUACUGCCCCUGUGGUAGCUGCUAUGCCACUAGAUGAGGAUGCAUCAAGGCUCUGCAGGCAUAGUCUCAAGUGUUUGGAGUGUAACGAAAUGUUUCAGGAUGAGUCUUCUCUUGCCAUGCACUACCAGCAGGCUGCAGAGUCAAAUGGACAGAAAACCUGCACCAUCUGCCAAAUGUUACUGCCAAACCAGUGCAGUUUUGCCUCACACCAGCGCAUCCAUCAACAUAAAUCCCCAUACAUUUGCCCAGAGUGUGGAGCCAUCUGCCGGUCUGUACACUUCCAGUCCCACGUUACCAAGAACUGCCUACACUACACUCGCCGAGUGGGAUACCGCUGUGUUCACUGUAGUGUGAUCUUUGCUGAUGUUGCUGCUCUGAAGUCACACAUUCAGGGCUCCCACUGUGAGAUCUUCUACAAAUGCCCCAUCUGCCCUAUGGCUUUUAAAUCUGCCCCAGGCACCCAUUCCCACGCCUACACACAACAUCCCGGAGUGAAAAUUGGGGAACCCAAGCUGAUCUACAAAUGCUCCAUGUGUGACACCGUUUUUACCCAGCAAACCUUGCUCUACACCCACUUCGACCAACACAUAGCCAAUCAGAAAGUGUCAGUCUUCAAGUGUCCGGAUUGCUCUAUGCACUACGCUCAAAAACAGCUUAUGUUAGAUCACAUAAAGUCCAUGCAUGGCACCUUGAAGACAGUUGAAGGUCCUCCAAAUUUGGGAAUCAACCUUCCUCUCAGCACCAAACCAACCAAUGCUAUGUCUCCCAGCCCCAACAGCAAGGAAGGGGCUUCACUCAACGGUAGCAUGGAGAAGAGUGAUAAAAAGCCUCCUUCUCCACUGAAGAAGACCAGCAAUGGUACUGAACUUCUUAAAAAGCCCCCCUCUCCUGGUUGGACGUGUCGAGAAUGCGACCGCCUUUUCACCCAGAGAGAGGUCUUUAUUGCACACAUGAAGAGGGAGCAUGGCAAGCAACUGAAGAAGCAUCCGUGUCGUCAGUGUGAUAAGUCUUUUAGCUCCUCCCACAGUCUGUGCAGACACAACAGGAUCAAACACAAAGGUGUACGCAAGGUCUACUCCUGCCCACAUUGUCCAGAUGCCAGUCGGACUUUCACGAAAAGGCUGAUGUUGGAAAAACACAUCCAACUCAUCCAUGGUAUUAAAGAUGCAGAGGGAAAGGCUGGAACAGAAAUGAACAAUAUGGAGGAGUCUGUAGACAAAGAACAGGUUCCAAGCCCAAAACGUAAGCUGCAAGAAGAGGUCGGGGGGUUUCACAGUCAACUUUCAAGGGGCUCGACAGGGCAGCCCAUGAAGAAGUUAAAGAUCAACGUAUUCAAAGUACACAAGUGUGCCGUGUGCAAUUUCACCACCGAUGACAUCAUGCACUUUCACGAGCACAUACCCCAGCACAAGACUGACGGCUCAUCCUACCAAUGCCGCGAAUGUGGCCUGUGUUACACAUCCCACCAUUCGCUGGCCCGCCACCUCUUCAUCGUUCAUAAGAUGAAGGAGCCUCAGGGCCUGGGCCGACACAACGGCCAACAAGAGAACAAUCCGACCCCCGAGGAGGGGCCUGCGGAUGGGAUACCCGAAACAAAGUGCAAAGUGUGUGCCAAGACGUUUGAGACUGAAGGAGCCUUGAACACACACAUGCGGACACACGGCAUGGCCUUCAUUAAGUCAAAGAGACAAAGCGCGGUGGAGAAAUGAGAGCGAAAGAGUGAA